UACCGUUUGUUUCCCUUCCCCUCUAUAAUGGUGCCUAUCCAAACACGCCCUUAUCGCAUUCAAUCAAGUAAACGCCCAUCAGUCCCCACUCCUCCGCGACAGUGAGAUGGAAAGGGACACGCAAAAGAUGAUCGCAGUAGGCCUCGUUUGGGGCGCCACAAACGCACUAAUGCGCCGCGGCGCACUCAUCUGGGACCAAACCCUCAUAUCCUCUCCUCCUCCGGACGCAACCCACCACCGAUUCCUCUCCUCCCUCAAGAAAUGGCUCAAGCUCCUCCUAACCUGGCAGUACUCUGUCCCUUUCCUCCUCAACCUAUCGGCCUCCGCCGCUUUCUUCGCCAUCCUCAGCGACGCGCCCAUCUCGAUAGCCGUUCCGGUGACCAACGCGACGACGUUCGCCGCCACCGCCGUGUUCGGGAUGGCGCUGGGGGAGGAGACCUGUGUUGGGUUGGCUUUGUUUGGUACAUUCCUUAUCGUUCUUGGUGUCUACAUUUGUAUCAUGUCAUAGGAAUUAGGGCCUCACAAGAUGUGCUAUUAUGAUUGAUAUCAUCAAGGCUUAUGACUAUGUGGAUUGGACUGUGUAAGAUGGAAUUGUUUAAAUUUAGUUUGAGAAAUCUAAUUAAGCAAUUGUUGA